AUGGCUGCCGGCGACAAUGAUCCGCCCAAGAACCCGUUCGUUCGCUGGAAGCAGCACGUCGACGCCCACAUCGGCCUGACCCUCAACAGCCUUCUGGGCAUCCCUGCCAUAGUCACCAAGAACCUCAACAUCCGCCCGGUCGAAAAUGACGGCAUUGGGGCGGCUACCCCUGUCAGGGCCAAUACUGCCAGCAGCCCUGGCAGCCCGCAGGCGAAUCCACACGACAGCUCGUCUCCCGAAUCCGACAACGGGCACAGCGACAUCCUCGACGAUGUCGAUGCUGCCCAGCUGCUCGAGUGGCACAAGUUUAUAUACUACUCGCCCUACUCGCCGCUCAAGCUGCAGCAGCAGCAGCAGCAGUACCAUGUGCUGCCACCGCCCGUCCCGUGCGACGCCCCCUUCGGCGUCGACCCGUAUUCCUUCACCUACACCGACGCCUUUGAAGACCUGCUGCGCGCCAGCAGUGGCCGCCCGAUGCUUGACCUGGCCACUCGCUCGCGCCGAAACCUGCACUACCAGAUGCGCUACGGCAGUUCCGUCGAGCCGCCCUACGUCUUUUUCCACCGCAUGCACGGCGAGAAGCUUCUCGAUCCGUAUUUCCCCAGGACAGCCGUCCCUGCAGGCAGCAAGCCCACCGCCGGCGAGGCUCUCUCGGCAGACACGACAAACGGCCGCGUUGUCCAGGCUGUGGCAGCACUGGCCGACCGAGAGCAGCGGGAUCCGUGGUACGAGGCGGCGUACGAUGCAGGCGAUGAUGGUGAUCUUGACGACGACGACGACGACGACGACAACGACAAUGAGUGGGACCAGCAGGCCGAUCGCAGCCAGGAUACCGAAAGAAGCUGGUUUCCCGGUCGGCAAUUUCACCAGGGUGGCCUCUUUGACGAGCUAGAUCGCGUCUUCCGUGUCCUGAGCCGCAUCAUCGACGAGGACGCCGGUGUGGCCGGCAAGAAGCAGGACGCCGAUGCUGGUCGCGAUGCCGAUGCAGAGGACGAGCUGUACACGGCCGUCCGGUCCGCCUACUCCAACGCCGAGAAGUCGUUGAGCACGUUUGUCAAGACGCUGUCCGGCAUGUCCGACGCAGCCGCAGGCGCUGUGGCGACAACCGAGAAGGCGCCCGUGCAGGCCGAUGGUCGCCAGGGUGAGACCAUCCAGACAACCGAAGACUACACCGACAUGUAUGGCAACCGGCACGUCAAGACCGUCGUGCGGCGCCUGGAUGCCGACGGCAACGAGAUCGCACGGGAGACGUACUACACGAUUCGGUCUACCGAUCCCUCGGAGCAGACCGUUGUCGCAGAGGACUCGCCUAGCAGCCAGAAAGACGAGGACGUCGCCGGGACACCGCAGGGCGACCGCCAAGCAGACGGCAAGACGGCCAACGGAACAAAGCCGAGCGGCUGGUUUUGGAAGUAA